AUGAAUAAGUUAUCAUUAUCAGGUCGUGAUAAAAAUGAUAACGUGAAAAUAACUUUACAAAACUCAACAAUAGCUAAAGAAACUCCAGUCAUGAUUUCUGCUGCUGAUAAAGAUAUGGAAACAGUUCCUGAAAAUAAUGAAUGUUGUGAGACUUCGUCGUUGCUAGUAUCCAUGAACGAUGUCAUUAAAGAAGAACUCGCAUCAAAUCAGAAUAGGUCAUCAUUUGAGGGUGAUACUCUCAAGCCAAGUAUUGCUCAUACAAAUCUGGAACUGUUCGAAGAUACAGCAGCGGAGUUAUUCUCACAGUAUCUGAAGGUUUUCACGCAACCUCAAGCCCUAGAAAGAUCAGUAAAGUCAGCUAAUUUGGGUACAUUAUUUGGUGUAUACUUGCCAACAGUUCAACAUAUCCUUGGUGUUACCAUGUUUAUUCGUUUAUUCUGGAUUGUUGGUGUUGCAGGCGUAUCACAAACAUCGCUACUUCUGGCACUUUGCUGUUUAACAACUUUUAUCACAAGUAUCAGCUUAUCAGCGAUAGCAACUAACGGGGAAAUUAAAAGCGGUGGGGCGUAUUACAUGUUAUCAAGAAAUCUCGGAACGGAAUUUGGUACUGCCAUUGGAGCAUUAUUUUAUUUGGGAAAUGCUGUUGCUGCAUCCAUGUAUCUUGUUGGUGGAGUGGAAAUUUUACUGAUUUACAUAUUUCCUGAAAUUACAAUUGGUGGUCGAGAAGCACAAUCACAUACAGAAAUGUUUGGUAUGAUGUCGCAUAAUUUACGGAUAUAUGCAACUUUACUUCUAUUGCUUGAAUUUAUUGUUGUUGCUAUGGGUGUACGAUUUGUGCAGCUUUUUGCUCCUAUCUCACUUUUGUGUGUUAUAUUAUCAAUUUUUUCAUGUUUUGCUGGUGGCAUAGAAAAGUCAAUCAAUCCUAAUAGUGGUCAAAGAGUGUGCAAAAUUGGUGAUCAUUUGCUGCAAGCACAAAUAUUUAUGCCAAAAAAUACUUCCAUCACAGAUAUUUGCAAUUAUUGCAAUGAAAAAUAUAUAAGUAGAAAUCUGAAAGAAUAUUGUUCCAAUGGAACAUGCUUUCUACCAGUAAAUUGCGUUAACGGUUAUCCUGGUUUUGCAGGCAGCGUUUUAGCAGAAAACUUAAAAGCAAAUUACAUGAAAGCUGGUGAAUAUAAACCUGGAAAAUUGGCAGAAACUCACACCGAGGUAUAUCAAGAUGUGCAAACAACAUUUUUUGUGUUAUUAGCUAUAUAUUUUCCAGCUGUUACUGGAAUUUUGACUGGAACUAAUAUGAGCGGUGAUCUUAAAAAUGCUCAGAAGUCGAUACCAUCAGGUACACUGGGAGCACAGUUAACUACUUCAUUUAUAUAUUUUGCCCUUGCAUUCAUAUUUGGUGCAGCAAUUGAUGGCGAUGUUUUGAGAGAUAAGUAUGGAACAUCAAUGGCAGGUAGCAUGGUUGUGGCAAAUUUGGCGUGGCCAAGUCAUUGGGUUUUGCUUGUUGGCUCAUUUACAUCAACUUUUGGAGCCGCGCUGCAAUGCUUAUGUACAACUCUUUUUAUUUCAUGUGCUCCUCGUUUAUUACAAUGCAUAGCACAAGAUGAUGUGGUACCAGAAUUGAAAGCUUUUAAGAAAUUAACGAAAAGGAAUGAACCUUUCAAUGGAUUACUGAUCACCACGUUGAUCGCUGAGUUAGCUAUACUUCUGGGUGCUAUGGAUCAUAUUGCUGCUGUUGUGGAUUUUUUCUUCUUGAUGUGUUACGCAUUUAUUAAUGUCAUUUGCGCAAUGCAUUCCAUCGUUAAGGCACCUAAUUGGAGGCCUCGUUAUAAAUAUUAUCAUUGGUCACUUGCAUUACUUGGCGCUUUUUUGUGCUUUUUUAUCAUGUUUUCGACGCAUUGGGAUUAUGCUAUUAUCUCAUGUCUUCUAUGCUUUUCGUUAUAUAAAUACACAGAAUACAGAGGGGCAAACAGGGAAUGGGGAGAUGGUAUGAGAGCUUUGUCGAUCUCAACCGCACAAAAAGCUUUGCUAACAAUAAACGAUACUGAACCAUCUCACGCAAAAAAUUUCAGACCACAAUUGUUGCUUCUAUUUUCAAUGAAAUGGCAGAACGAUGGAACAGAUUCACGCUAUAAAAGAUUGAUGCAUCUUGCUUCGCAGCUGAAGGCAAGUCAAGGCUUAUGUGUGAUUGUCGCAUUUCUUCGUGGCAAUCCUUUUGAUGAAAAUGACCAAAACAUAGCUAAUGAGAUACGUAAACGAUUAAAUGACGAUAUGAAAGAAGCAAAAAUUCGUGGUUUUGUUAAAACUCUUGUUUAUGGUGAAUCUCAAAUUUGUGGUAGUAUUUCGACAGUAAUUCAAAGUACUGGAGUCGGUGCUCUCUGUCCCAAUACUCUGUUGUUGAAGUGGCCUUCAUAUGGCCCUAAUUGGCCUUCUGAAUCACCAGAUUCUGAGUACUCCACAUUUGUUGAUAAACUACAUGCGGGGUAUGUAAUGAAGAUGUGUUUACUUGUUGCUAAAGAUGUAUCACAUUUUCCAUAUAUAUUUGAGCCAGUUAAGAAUGGUUUUGUUGAUGCAUAUUGGAUUAUUCGUGACCGAGGAUUUCUUGGCCUUAUUGCUCAUUUAUUAUUACAUCAUAAAGUUUGGCGUGGAUGUCAACUGCGCGUUAUUGGCAUUGCUCGAGAUAGUGAAGAAAAAGUAGAAAUGACUGGAAGGAUUAAUUUUUAUUUGAAAGCAAUGCGUAUUGAUGCACUCGUGCAGGUAAAUAUUCUGAGUGAUCCUAAUAUAUCACGAGCUGAUUUUGAACGAACAUUAUUGAUGGAAGAAAGAAGUCAAAUGGCCCGUGAAGCUAGAAGAUUUGUAGCAAAACAAAAAAGCGCUGAAUUUCUGAAAGAACAUGUUGAUGAGAUGUUGAGUGAUACUAAGGAUACUGAGCCUCAAAUAAAGAGUCGCUUCCGUGUAGAAAAACAUGCAGAAGAAAUAAGUGAUGAUAAUCCUUUGGAUGGUCACAAGGGCAGUGAGACUGACCGUAUGAAAGAUGAUAAAAUGAUUGCUAACGAAAAAUCCAAGAAAUGGUCAUUGUGCGAAACAGUUCAUGUUCCAGGUUUUACGGAUUAUGUGCAUUAUUUAGACGAGCUUACAGCUGGUCUACCAAGAGUUUUAUUUGUACGAGGAGCUGGUACAGAAACUCUCACUUCCAGUGCAUAA